AUGAUUUGUGUCGAAGUUUGUUUCUUUAAAUCUUUCGCACUUUACGCAUACGAUACAAUAGUUCAUCAAAUUUUACCGAAUAUAAUUAUUGUUGGAUUUAGUAUUGGUUUAUUAGUACGCAUUCGUUGGCAAAGGCGUCGUAUAGGUCAAUCAUUAACAUGGCGAAAACACUGGAAAAUGACACUCCAAUUGUUGUUUAUCUCAGUCAUUUAUCUUAUAUUUGCUUUACCAUUAACAUUAAUAAGCCUUUUGUAUCUUUGUGGUAUACCACUUUAUGUGACCGCAAAAUAUACAGAAUAUGCACAAUUUUUAGAUUAUUGUACAAUAAUUCUUUGCCCUAUUGUUUCUGCUUUUUCAUUACCGCGACUGAGAAACCAAAAAAAUAACAUUUUACGAAUACGACGUCGAGCAAGAGCUGUGGCAGCGAUAACAUAG